CGGGGGCUCGGAGGGGGGGGGGAGAUCGGCCGCCAGAAGCCGAGUCCUUCCUUGGCUUCCAUCUUGCCCAAACAAAGCGCUGCGCUUGAGCUGGAGGGGCCGCUCUGCGGAUCCAGGCGGGUCUCAGAGAAGCUGCCAAACGGCUGCCCUUGAAAAUCGGGGGGGGGGAGAGCUUUUUUUCCUCAUUGCAAGCUGCGAGGUUGGCUUCCUGCAGAAAGGUGGUUUUUGUGUGUGUGUGUGAUUUUGCUGAAUGCUUUUCCUUUUCCAAGCAAGAGAUCCGGUGAUCCGCAGUAAUGGAAGCAACUUGGUGUAGCUCAGCUACCCCCCCCCGCCUCCCACCACCCAGUGCAGGAUGCGAGGAAGAGAAGCAAAAUGGAGUUUGGCUGUUCUCUGUGCAGAGACGGGCAGGCUGGAGCGGUGCGCGAGGCUGGCUCCCAGUGGGAUUCUUUGUCUGCCUUCUCUCCUUUUCUGCCUUGCAGGAGCUACUCCGAGGGGCUUUUCUGGGAGCCCGGACAGACCCCUGAUCGGGCCCUGCCUCUCCCCUCGGACGGAGCUGGGAGGAAGCAGAGAUGCCUGGCCUUUCCCUCGCUGACUUGCAGGGGGGGGAACGGGGAAAGAUGGUGGCCAUUUUGAACCCAGCCAGGCUCCCCCCUGCCUGCUCUUCUGCUGAGCACUCCGGGGCGAGAGGCGAGAAUAGCCGGGUUCUUUAGGCAGCAGGCUGUGCCCAUCUAUGUCUCUCCAGCAGCAGCACUCCGUGGCACGGUUGGGCAGGCAGCCUCUCCCCCCCUUGCUUGCAGCCGAGGGAGAGGGUUGCUCAGUCAUGGCGGCGCUGCCUGCCUUCCUCUGCUUCUGCAGGCGGCUGGGUGAGGGGUGGGGAGGACUCGCCCUGAGCUCCUGCCCUGGAAGCUCCAAGCUGGGUGUUGGCGGAGUUGCUCAGCCUCUCCUCCCCCAGCCCUGACCCCUAGGAAGGGUGAGCUCAGCCAUGUUGGAGCAGCAGCAGGAAGAGGAACAGCAGCUGCAGCAGCAGCGAAGGCAGACGUGCCCUCUUGUCAGACCAGAGCGGGCUUCUGCCUGCUGGCAUCUGCCCACUUGGCAGCGGGAAGCCUGUGCCAGGCGUAGCCCGGCUGAAGCCCCUCGCUUCCCUUGGUUUGCAGGGCCGAGAUCCAGAGUAAGGACAGGAGAGCCACGCGGGCUCUUCCUUCUCUUUCCUCCAGCCAAGAUGGCUCUCUCUCCAGCACUGGAUCACGGGUUGCUGGGUUGCUUCACUGUGCUCGGCCGCUCCCAAAUGGGGGCAUUUUUGAAAGAGCAGGGCGACGCCUCGGGCCUUGACUGCACGCCAGACUCUUCCAUGCAGCCUUUUCCAGAGGCUCGGCCAGGAUCUUUGGGCUUUUUUUAACCGAUGCAGAAAUGAGUAGAGGAGCCACCAGCUCUGGCUUGGGGCUUAGGAAAAGAUUAGCUGGCCUCAGAGCAGCCGGAUUGGCAAAGUAGGCACGGAUCGGCAAGCCUAAAUCCAUCUGACCUUUCUCUUCCCUAUCAAUCUCUCGGGAGGGGUGAGGGUUGAAGCCUUUCUCUUCCACAUCCCUCCUGCUGCUGCUGCUGCUGGCUGCUGAUAAAAUAUUCAGAGGGAGGCCCUGGGUGUUGCCUCUCGGAUGCCAUUUUAUUUACCACCUCUACCCGGGGAUUUGCUCAAGCGGCUAAACCGGUUUUUAAGCAACAGCUCCGAGGAACGGACUCUGCCUGCCUGUUAAACAUUAAGCCACGUCAUCCUUUGUGGGAAGAGAGAAGGUAAAGCAAUUGGUUAAGUCGAAAGCAUACAAGCGGGACAUAAUCCUGGUGAAUUAUGCCAACUGCUUCAGAGUCAACCUGCUUAGUCUGACAUCGUACACCUGGCAGCCUUUUAAGUGGGGUUGGGAGAACUGGCUUUCAUUUCUGCCACCAGGCUGAAGGAGGAGGCGUCCUGGCGCAUUGUUUUUUCCAUGUGAACAAUCCUGCUGAGAGAGAGAGAGAGAGAGCGGUUGUGUUCAAUGUGUGCGUCUUCUACCCAUUUACCACUUCCUCUCCCUCAGUAGGUGACCCACUUGCUUGGAGUGAGAACAGCGAGCCCAGUCCCCAGAUGAUGGUUAGCAAGGCAUCUGCCCCAAGAUUGCUUAUGUUGCUGGCAGAGAAAUGGCGGCUUGAUGGCUUCUCAGAUUCCUUUCAGAUGAGUCGGAGCCAGGCGCAAGCAGCAGCCCAGCACAAGCUUGAUCCUGCAGCCCAGAUCUUUGUGCUUUUGUGCGUCUUCCUUGGGUUUUUCCUUCCCUCCCCAUUGCACUGAGCCUAAUGUAGGUCACUGUGCAACGGUUACUCUUUAGGUUCCAGUCUUUUGCAACUGGGCUAGAGUAUUGCAGGUUAGAAUUUUCCAAACAAUCCAUAUAUAUAUUUCUUUCACCAUUGUUCUAUACAGAUGCAUCCCGUAAUUUUAUUUCUGUGCUGUAGAUAGGUGUGAAGCAGGGCUGGAACACAUGGAGAAUUAUAUGUAGAACUUAAUCCCAUGAUUUCAAGGCUGGAGUAUGAUGUAAACUAAUUUUUUUGCAGCUUGUGUGAUACUGACUUAGACACAGUGGAAUGAAUGCCUGGUCCUCCUCCUUGACUGAAGUGCCUGGAUUAAGUACUACAUUGCUGUAUCCUAAUUUGGGAUUUCUGGAUACUAGACUGUUUAUUUUAAAAUUUCAACAGGGUGGCUGUGUCCAAGGCUGUAAGACAGAGUCUUUGGGUUGAUCAAAACAGACUUUUGGAAUUUGUUCAGUACGUUUUUGCUUUUAGCGAAGACUGUGUUACCUGUCGGGUUUGUUAAAUUGUCCCAAGAGGAUGAUUUCCAAUGAGCUUGUGGAGAGAUGGCUUGCCUGCUUCAUCAGUUUAGCCAGUAAGCAUUGAUAUUUUUAUAUGUUUCAGUUUACCUCCGUUUCAAGGGUAUUUCACUUCAGUCCCUUUGAACUGUUCUUGGAGAAUGCUUGAUGUGCAAACUUCCCAGCGUUUCUAAAGAUUUUCAAGUUAAAUUAAGAGGUAGAAGUUCUAUGGCUUUCUAAACCAAGUGGUUCAAUGUCUGUGUAGGACGAAAAAGUCUGAAUUGAGGCCAGCAUGGAAAUCUGAACUAACUUCACUCAGACGUUGGGAAUAAGCUGAGGGAUAGCAAGUUCUUACAAACAAGCCUCCUGGCCCGCUUCCUGUUUCGUUGUAUAUUUAGACAGCCAAGACUCCACCUAUUUUUGUGAGCCAGAAGACUUGAGUACAGAGGAGCAGUUUUAUGAAAUGUUUGCACUAUCUGAAUGGUUCUUUGUCCGGAGCAAGGUCUAAUUGAAUGAGUUUUUCCCCCUUUAAACUUUAAACCUUUCUCCAGCAGAGGAAGAAAGGGGCUGAAGGGGGGGGCUGUUUAGGCAAUUAUAAGGGGAUCUUGAAGUGGGCAGAAAGAGAUGAAGCAAAAGAAACAGGAGUCCUAGUGUGAAGUGAAUGCAUAUGGUAGGGAAAAGAAAUGGAGGAAUAUAGUAGGAGCUUAGGUAAAAGAAGGAUACUCUAUGAAGUAAGGUUAAGCUGCUCUUGACCAUAAAGAACAAAGCAGAAUCUCCACAUUCAUCAUGUGAUUGGUUCAGUUUCGGUCUUACAGUGUUUACAAAGUCACUGCUGGGUGGUGUGCAACUCAGUUUGUCUUAUCAUCUUGUAUAAGCAGCCAGUUGUCUAUUCAGCAGGCCGUAGCAACCCAAGGUUAAUGUGUUAUUUGAAGCCGGUCUUGUUCACAUAUUGUGCUAUGCCAUAAUUUGAUCUGUCUGGUCUUGAUUAAAUAUUAUAUAUCAUCUGGUCUGCUGUGGCUCGCUCAGCCAAUCAUGGCUGAGGUGCAGAUCUUGUCAUCGCAUCCCAUUAAGGAGCAGUUGCUAGGUUGCACUGGCCUGUAUUUCACCUCCUUUUUUGAACUGCUUUCAAGAGCCCGAUGCCGGGCUAGGCAGCUCUUGGCAAUCUAACCCAGGAACCUUUUGCACGGAUAUCCUACUGAGAAUUUGGACUUGGGCAAGGCAUAUGGUAUUGUUGGAGCUUGGCAAAAGGGCUGCAUUAGUUUUAGCUUUGGUAAUGCUGCUAAAUUGGGUAGCUUUGGUAAGCCUGAGCAUGCAGACAUGACAUUAUCCCAAUAAGAGUCAGCCAAUUCUUUAACUGUAUACUUCUGGCAAAUUGUUAGACAAAAUAAAAUUGUAUGUCCAUCCUCCAGAGUCCUUCCAGUUGGUAUAUUAAUGGCAACGGUAAUCUGAGAGCAGCAAGUGCCAUUUGGAUCAUAUUACCUUUGAAUAAGUGCCUUGGUGAUGAAUGCUGCCCCUUUGAGGCAAAAAUAUUAGGACAUUUUGCAUAAACACGUGCCUACUGGUUAAAGUUCUGUAUAAGACUGCAAAACAUCACAUCCCGAAGCAGGCUGUGCUCUUUCUCAAAAGGGCAACUUCUGUUACCUGUUGUCUUACACCACUAAGAGACGUUUGAAGUAGCAUAAUUCAAGUAGUAUGAGACUCUGCUCCUACUUUAUGACAGACAACGAUAAUCUCUUAUUAUGCCUUGGAGUAGCUGGGUGACAUGUGCUCUGAAUAAUAUUGAAAAUGACAUGGUGCAGUGUAUUUUGUGCAUAUGUGAUUUCAGGACUGUUCUAAUGUAUCCCUGUUAGUAGAAGUGAGGUUUGACUUUUAUGGGAAAUCAGAUGGCUUCCCAUUGUGCGAAGUUCCAAAUCACACACAUGGAUUGAUGCGAUGUGUGAACUUAGAAAUCUUUGCUAGGCCAAAAUAAACUCAUUCCGUUCAUGGAGCAAUCUGACGUUCAACCCACCUACUGACUCCUCUGAUAAAAUGGUUAUUUUCAAGUAUUCAAAAUGCAGCUGCUAGCAAUGCAAUUCUCUGUCAAAUAGUGUGGAUGGGCUCUCAGUAGGAUUAUUGGCUAUUAGGAUAUUCAAGGACAUUGGCUUGGCCAUUGAAAAAGAAGUCUCCUACAUGAUAGUCGUUAAAGGCUAGAUUUGCUGUAGACACUUGAUUACUGAAUGAACCCAUUUUCUUGAUUCACGUAACAUGCUGAUAAAAUAAAUGAUUUGAACGAGCAAAACCUUGUUCUUCGUUGCUUAGCCCUAGUUAAUCACUAAGCAAGCUUGGAAUGUUGUACAAAUGCUGCUUUUAAGUCUAAGUGACCUGGUUAAAGUGUCAUACGUUUGUAAUGUUAGCAAAUUUCCUUAAGCUUGCUUAAUAUUUGAAUGUAUCUUUAACUGAAAUCUUUUUUAUCAACUUAAACAAGGAACUUUUUAUCUGAUCUUUUGAGUGAAUUGCCAGCAAGUGUUAAAUAAGCAAUUAGUCUCAUGUUUAUUUCAAUGUUUUUCCACUAGCUAGAUAAAAAGGAGUCAACAUGUUCAAGCAGCAGCUCUAUAAAUGCUUUAAAGCUACAGUGCUAGUGUACUGCCACCUCCGUCAUUUUUGGGUAUACUUCAUUGGAUUACAAAUUUUGAACAAAUGUCAGUAUGCCAUAGAGGAAACAGAUAAUACUGUAACAUGAAACCUGGAAGAUAGAGCUAUGAAUCUGUGGAGCACCACAUGAACCAAUUUAUACAAAAAUAAGGUUUAUUGUACUUACUGUUUCUGUAAAUUGACUUCAUCCAAUAUCAUGCUUUGGAAGAUGCUAAAUUAAAGGGAGAAUGUAAAACAUAGUUAAAAGAGGGCAGUUUUGCUAUUAGUCGCAGUAUUAACUCGUGCUAGGCUUAGAGAAAAAGGAAGUAUGUUUCUCAUUUUACAGAUGUGGUUUGUUCCUUUUUCCAUGUUUACUACCGGUGGACAACUUGUAUAUUACACAUAGAGUAGAACUCCACCCACCCACCAGUGGAGUACAAAACUAGCAUGCUCAUGGCUGAGAGAUUUUGUAAUUAGUGGUCAAAGUAUAAAAGCCAGAAAUGUAUGCUGUACUAAUUAUUUAAAAAUCAUGCAAAACUACUCCCUAACUUCCUUUUAGAAAGAGGAUAGAAAACAAAGGCCACAUUUAAGAACCAGAAGUUAGCUUAGCACACAAGGUAAUUAUGCAGAUAAAACAAAGGCAGAGAACAUAUUGUUCCCAAUCCCUGAAAGGAAAAAAAAAGGGGGGGGGGAUUAAAGUACAGUGACUUGUAGUACUUUUGCAAGAAGUCAAGUUACAAGCAUUGCAUCAACAAUGGUAAAUAUCAGUCAGCAGUUACUUCUGCCUUUUGUCUUCCAUGAACUUGAUCCCACCUCCCAAUUGUAGCUAGCGUGCAUGAGCUGAAUGGAUUUUUCAUAAAUACUUCGAGCUUUGUGAAAUUACCCAGCUUUCAGAGGUGAUUUUCCCGGCGAGGCUCAUUCAAAGAACACGGGUCCAAAACCCUGUGGAAGAGAAGACAUUGCUUGCUUGUGCUUUCGGGUCAGCUGACGUCUUCCUCCGCCAUCCGCCUUUUGCUUUUUGGACUGGCAGUAAUUUCCCCUUCCGUUUACUGUCACAGCAAACUUCCACGGGUGGUGUUUUUUUAGGCCUAGAGGGCCAUCUAGUGGUGACACGAAGUACCUACAGGGAUAAAAAUGGCCUCCCCCAGUUAAUGGUGACUUCAUGGACAUCCAAGCCAACGUCCACGGAUGUUGCCAGGCAAGGUGCUGCCAUCUGUUGACAGCUUUAAAAAGAAUGUUUAAAACUGCUAAAUUGUAUAGUGGGACACAGCUCCCAGUUUUUCUGCUGAGCCAGCUCGCAAAACACGGACUUAAAAAUGUAAGAUCUGUAUUGAAAUGCUAUAAGCACAGAUAGCGUGAGACAAAAAUAAAAAGGUAUUUGCUGAAAAUGACUUUGCCAUCUGUACUGUAAUUCUUUUUAGCGUGGGUGUUUAUUUCUUAAUCCCAAACUGAGACUUCAAAAGGCAGGCCAAAGAUUCAUAGAUACUUCCCCCCUCCUGCAUGCGUGCAAAAAAUAAUCUUAAGCUGCUUGGAGGAAGAAUAAAAAUACAGGGAGCAUUGUUUACAUGCACAAGACGCUUGCACUGGUACUCCAAAUCCUAUUUAAAACCCAAAGACCAUCCUUUAUUUUGCAUGUUUUCUUGCUGGAAAGGAGCAAGAAACAACUUCCUGGUAAGCAUAAAGUACCCCAGGAGAUGAAACACAAGUGUGGCAGCAACAAAAUCUUAGCCAUUACGGCAACCUCAACAUUUGCCAUAAAUUCCAAGAUGGGUUGCUGCAUUUAUUAAAACAGCCUUAAACUUGGGAUCCACCAGGACAAAGUAAAAAAAAAACCCAUACGCAAACUGAUAAUGCUAAAUACAAGUAAUGGCACUGAAGUGUCUUACGAAUGUUUUUCACACUUAUGACUGUUCCAGCGUCCCUACGGUCCCUGAUCAAAAUUCAGACACUUGGCAACUGACUCAUAUUUAUGCCAGUUGCAGUUACUUAGGGUCAUCUACUCACCUUUUGUGACCCUUUGACAGGCAAAGUCAAUGGGGGAUCCAGAUUCACUUAAGAACUGUUACUAAGCAACUGCAGUGAGUCACUCACUUAACAAGUAUAGCAAAAGUCAGUAAAAUGGGGCAAGACUCACUUAGUAACAGAAAUUUUGGGCUCCAUGAUACUUAUAAGUCGAGGAUUACCUGUAAUUAUCAUGUCCUUAACUAGUUAGGGCUGCUCCCCAAGCCAGGAUUACAACUCCCAUCAACCCCAACCAGCUGCCCAUGAUAUAGCAUGCAAUGGUGGUGUGUACAUGGGAGGGGGAAAUAAACUAAAUUGCAGAAACCUAUACAUCCUAAUUUAUCCUGGCAACCUCUUUGGGGGAUGAUGUAACUUGGAGGGCACCCAGUUGAAGAAUCUUUCAUAUCUAUAGAUUUUUAUGUCAUUUUAUAACUCAAGGUGACCAGUAUACUCCCUAUUUCCCCAACAAUCCUGCAAGGUGGGCUGGGCUGAGAGUGAUUGACCCACAGGUGAUUUUCCUGCCUGAAUCAGAACUAGAACUCGCAGCUUCCUGCUUUCUAGGCCAGCACCUGAACCACAAACUGGCUCUAACUGAUCCGUCCCGACAAUUGGGGCAAAAGCAUAACCCGCGUUAGGGCAUCUAAGCGCCCGGGCUAGGUUGAUGCAGAGGCGGCGAGGGCGGGUUCGACCCUCCCUCGCCACUGUAACUUCAGCCGGCGGCGGCGGCGACUCGCCGCCUUCCGAAGCCGCAGCUCGAGGAGGGAGGGAGGGAGGAAAGAGGCGAGGCUUCUGCCGCCUCUUCUCCACUCCCGCCCGAAGAGCGGGUCUUUCGAGGCGGCGGCAGCAGCAGCGUACUACUAUGGCCGAGAGGAAUAGCUCCGGCCCCAGCAGCCGGGAAGGCAGCGAGCCGGGGAAGGGCUCAAAGACGGAGCUAAAGGUAGUGGUGGUGGGCGACGGCGGCUGCGGGAAGACUUCACUCCUUUUGGUGCACGCCAAAGGCGCCUUUCCCGAGCAAUACGCCCCUUCGGUCUUUGAAAAAUACACAACCAAUGUCGCUGUGGGGAAAAAAGAAGUACUCUUACAUUUGUAUGAUACUGCAGGACAAGAUGAUUAUGAUCGCUUACGGCCACUCUCGUAUCAAAACACUCAUGUGGUUUUGAUUUGCUACGAUGUCAUGAACCCUUUUAGCUUUGAUAAUGUAUUAAUCAAGUGGAUCCAUGAAGUCAACCACUUCUGCUGUGGAAUCCCUAUCCUGUUGGUGGGUUGCAAAACUGAUCUCCGGAAAGACAAAGAACACCUCAAAAAGCUCCGCUCUGCUCAACAGGAGCCGAUCACUUACAAGCAGGGUGAAGAAGCCUGUUGCCAGAUUGGUGCCAGCAUGUACCUCGAGUGUUCAGCUAAGUUUCGGGAGAACGUCGAAUCCAUUUUCAGCGAAGCAGCUAGCAUAGCGUUGAACGCCAUCAAGAAGGCCAAACGCCAGAAGAAAUCAAGGCCUUGUGUUCUUUUAUGACGUGAAAUCGGACAGAGGAAGACAGUUGUUCUUCUUCCUUUUCUGUGAUAUGCAGGGAAGCAUUUGUAGUUUUCUAUCUGGAUUUGAAAAGGUACUUUUCAUUUGGAUUGUAACAGGAGAAGAAACUUGGUUUGUAUUAAUUUCUGCUUUUACUGGACUUUUGCAUCCAAUGACGACACGUUUCACUAGGAAGGAGCUCUUCCUUUCCCAGGUCUUUACUUCUAGAAGAUCACUUUGCUACUUCCCAUUUUUUAAAUAACAAUUUUUAAAAAGCCUUUUUACGUCAUAGCAGUAUUACCAAAAUGAAGUGGUCCUUUUCAAUAAACUUUCCAAGUAAACCAUAGAGUUUGUUCUAUUUUGAUUUAAUGCAAUAUUUCUCAACUGCGGCAAUGUGAAGAUCUGUGGAACUCCCAAAAUUCUCAUCAGCACACUGGGAGUUGAAAUCUCCACAUCUUCAUAUUGCCAUGGUUGAGAAAUACUGAUUCAAUGCAUCAUUUAUAGCUUGCAGAUGUAGUUUAUGACAUACAGUGGUCAUUAACUUAGCUGAGUGUGCUUUUUCAGCCAACUUUAGUUAAAAAAAACCGUCAUUCAAUAUGAUAUAUGAAUAUAAAGGUUGUCAUCCUUCCUUCUGUAGUAAGCUGGGGACAUUUUAAUAGAUUAAAAAAAGAGAGUCCAAUAGGUUAGUAGUUAAACUACAGUAUGGCUGAGAUUCAUUACUUAGGUACAGUAAGCCCUGAUUCAAUUGGGAGAUUCAAUCACCAACUCCUGAAGAAAUGACUUGAAGGACCUCACAAUUUGCGCUGCUUGUGUCUAUAUAGAUUUCUUUAGGUCAUUUCCUACUAUUUCAUAAGGAAUAGCUACCUCGAAAUAUGCCUUUAUACCUGGUGCUGUGCCUUUAAACUAUUUCUAGUUGAAAGUUCACUCUUUGUGCCAAUUCUUUAUGUUUCUGUCUUUGUAAUACUCUGAACUGUACUUUAAAAUAUUUUUUAUUUUAAUAGAAAAAUAAAAAUCUUCACUAAA